GUAGCUAAUGAAGCAGGCUGUUUUCGUCUUUUUUUCCCCUAUUUUCUCAAGCAAGAGGCAAACCAAGGUAACCGGGCCUAACAGUUCAGCUGUUCAACGGACUCAUCCUAGCCAUCAGCACUGCACUAUAUUUACCAGCUUCCUGGGUUACACAAGCCUGCCAAGGGGUGUGCACAAGCCCUCAGCCCCUUCCUCUGUCCUCCAGAUAAGCCGGGUUCUCUGUCACUGCCAUAGAAAACACACAAAACGCAUGGUGCACGGCCUACCACUGUGGGAACAAACAAGGGGAGGGUCACAUGUGAGCCCCGGACGACAGCAGCCUUCCAGACUAUUCUAGGUAACUGGAAUGUACACAGCGACCUCAUGGCAGACUUCAAACUUGAGACCUCAUGUCUUUCUCCAUGCCUCCUUUGACUGUGUCGUCUUUGAGAGGGAAAUCUGGGAGAAAUGUGUUUGCUUUUACCCUGCUGAGCUGCUGUGCCUGAUUCAUCAUCAACUUGAGCGUAAAGAACAAACAGCAUGGCUAGUAUAUCAACAGAGACCUUUCCAUUUAAGGACCAAGAGCUCUCAGCUCACCUCCUGUUUCAGUUGAACAUAUUGAGACAAGAGCAGGUCUUCACCGAUGUGAUCUUGUGCACCGAAGACAAGGAGAUCCCUUGCCACAGGAACGUUUUGGUCUCCAGCAGCCCAUAUUUCCGAGCCAUGUUCUGCAGCAACUUCCGGGAGAGCAGCCAGGCCAGAGUGGACCUGAAAGGCAUUGCAUCGGAGGUCAUCGAAUGUGUCGUGGAUUACAUCUAUACUGGUGCCAUCACCAUCACCAUGGAGCUGGUGCUGCCUCUGAUGCAGGCGGCCUCCAUGCUGCAUUACGGAAGGCUCUUCGAGGCCUGCUCCACUUUCCUGCAGGAACAGCUCAAUCCAGAAAACUGCCUGAGCAUGAUCCGGCUCUCGGAGAUCCUUCACUGUGAAAGCCUCAAGGAGAGAGCCAAAGAAAUGGCCGUGCGGUGCUUCUCGGACGUAGCUGCUUCUGAGGACUUCUGUGAACUUUCCCUUCCUGAGUUAAUGUGCUAUUUGGAGGACGACCGACUUUGUGCGGAGGAAGAGCAGGUUUUCGAGACUCUACUUGCUUGGAUCCACCACGACCCCUUUUCCCGGCGAGGAGCCAUUCAUGACCUCUUCAAGAAGGUCCGGUUGCGGUACAUCCAUCCGACGUACCUCUUCCAGUUUAUCGCCAACGAUCCGCUCGUCCAGUCGUCUACACUGUGCACAGAGAUCAUCGAGUCUGUGCGACGUCUCAUGUUUUCUGUAAGCGCCAAAUGCACUAAAGAGCUAAAGCCUCUCUGGACCACACCACGUCGAUACACGUGCCGGGAGACUCUGGUGGUGGUUGGAGGCCGCAAGAACAACGAACAGACAUCUCGAGAGGCGCUUCUCUAUGAUGAACGGACACAGCGGUGGCAGUGGCUCGCCAAACUGCCUCUGCGACUCUACAAGGCGGCGUAUGUGUGUAUUCACAGCAUUCUCUAUGUGGUUGGUGGUCUUAGUCUUAGUCUGGUAUCUGGAGACAGCGCGGUUAGCGCCACAGUUUAUACUCUCUCACUGAAGACCAACCAAUGGAGGACCGCCGAGCCCAUGCUGGAGCCACGUUACGCCCAUCAGUGUGUCUCCUACCUCCACUUCAUCUUUGCUCUUGGUGGAAUAGGGCCGGAUAAGCAGAUCUCAAAUACUGUGGAGCGCUACAACAGCAUGUUCAAUCAAUGGGAGGCCAUGGCACCGAUGCCCACAGCGGUCCUACACCCUGCAGUCGCAGCCAACGAUCAGAGGAUUUAUGUCUUUGGAGGCGAGGAUGCCUUGCAGAAUCCAGUGAGACAAAUACAGGUUUAUCACAUCUCCCGCAACUUGUGGUCUAGACUGGAAACCAGGACAGUGAAGAACGUCUGCGCACCUGCUGCUGUGAUAGAAGACAAGAUUUAUAUUGUUGGAGGAUACACAAGAAGAGUGAUUGCCUAUGACACCAAAGCUAAUAAAUUUGUGAAGUGCACCAACAUGAAGGAGAGAAGGAUGCACCAUGCAGCUACUGUCAUCAAUAACAAACUCUACGUGACCGGAGGACGUUUCCUCAACGCUCAUGAUGUCAUCGAAGACUCAGACUGCUUUGAGUGCUACGACCCUAAAACGGACGUGUGGACUUCUAAAGGAUCGUUACCGUACAAACUGUUUGAUCACGGUUCACUGUCGCUGAUCUGCGUCUCCAACCGCCCCAACCCACCAUGACUGCUCAGAGAGCGCAACAUGUCUGCUUGAGCGUCCCGUUCGCUCCCCUGCUCAUUAAGGGAAAUGAGAAAUACGGGGGCCCACAGCUGAGACUGGAAACCAUCUGAGGAAGGUUGCGUUCGUUUGUGGGUUGAGUACAUCUCAGCUGUGGCUUUGAUGGUAUGCUGCUGGUGCUCGCCAGCAUCUGUGCUGUCUUAAAUCAAAAGAGAUUUGAGCUGCCAAUUGCAAGUGUCACAGUGGACCUCAGGGAGUGAGCCCAGGACCUCAAAAAUGGCAGACUUACGCAAUGUACAGCUGUCCCUGCGGAACUGUGAACCGAAAAUCUUCACACAGAUGUUUUUUCAUCACGAUCUCCUUCUCUCGGAAAGGCUUGAGCAGCCGAUUUUUAGUCAAUAGCGCCUUGUUAGCAUGAAUUUAAAUGGGAUCGAGGAGAUAUGACAACAUUUUUUUAGCCAGUGUAAAAAAUCCAAAAGCAUGAGGGCGUGACUGUUUGAUGAAGUAAUCGGUGAAGUGAAGAGAACAUUCCCUGAGAGCUGAGAGCUGUGGUGUGUGGUCAGUUCUGUGUAAUUAACGAAGGCCAAAAAUGAACUUAAUGGAUCAUGAAAUGCUUGAUGUACCAUGCACGCUAAAAGUAUGUGGACACCUGCUUCUAAUUAACAUGGUUUACUAUUUCUGCUACGCACAUAUCUAACAGAUGCAUAAAAUCAAGCAUGCAGCCAUGCAAUCUGCUGAGACAAACAUUUUCAGUGUCUUUUUCUGCUCCAGCAUGACAAUGAACCCUUUUGCGGGGUUUGCAAUUUGGAAAUUAAACAGAGUAAACUUGUA